UCAGGUGAGCGAACACAGUCUGAGCAUCCGAUGUGUGCAGAACACACAUGUGUGUAUGUGUCUAAUGGUAAUGGUAAGAAGUCGCCUUUGAGAGAGAGAGAAAGAGCGAGAGGACCAAAUGCAGAAAAAGGAAAGAAAUGACGUUCAAUGUAUGCGCGCUGCAUUGGUGAUACGAAACCAAAUAUCAUUGGCGUACGACGAAACUAACGCUAAUUUGUUAUGACGGACUGAUAAUUUAAAAGAAAAACUAUUCAACUUGGCGUAUUUACUGGAGUUUUAUGUCACCACUUUUGAUCUGUUGCUAGAUGGGACCUACAGAUGAAGGAUGGAGUUAAUUUGGAUACUACAUGAGCCUUAAAAGCAAGGUUGUUUUCAUUUACUUCUAAAACAGAAACAACGAUAACCAUAGCUGAAAAAGUUGGCGCCAUCAAACCAGAAUAAUUUAGUCUUCCGCGCACCUGACAACAUGACAGCCAAGGCAAACGUAAAGGACAUCCAAUGGUCCCGUCAGCAGUAUUCCUUGAGAGAGGCCAUCAAGAGAUGUACUUUCCCUCAGAUUAUGAAGGUGGUAGAGGGGUAUGAGUCGUCGGAUGAGACAGAGACGUUGGCUCGAGGACAGAUUCUUCGUAUACAUCAAAUCCACACCCAGACCAGAGUCUUGGCAACGACAGACAAGAAAGGAAGAUGGCUAAGUAUUCCCCUCCGGUACGCCGAAGCAAGAUUCGAGGUCGUAUCGAGUGGAAAACGUUCGAAGCCCAUGUACAUGCGAGAGAUCAUCGACAAGUCACUACUGCCGCAGAAGGUCCAUUUCUUCACAGGAGACGAUCUUACUUUCCACCUUCAGCUCAAGAGCAACGUGCCGAACACCAAGGAGAAGUUUGGCGCCCUCACUCUGCAGAAAAUGUACGAGACGGGAUAUCUCCAGGGCAACGCUAUUCAGAACGAUCACUUGGACACCAUGAUCCUCAACAUCCCUCUUCAUUCACCUGUAUCGGUGGUCCUAGCCGAGUCUUUCAUCGUCGGGUCUAGAGAGAGAUGGGAACGGUACCAGACUCUGCUUGAUAAAAUUGUUUCCAAGAAUGUCGUCUUUGAACUCCAUCCUGGCAAUCCACAUAUAACAUUCUUUACGGACAAAGGACUGGAAUCUGCAAAUCAACAGGAGCAAUACGAAAAGAUCACUCCCUCGGGAACUCUCUUCAUCAUGACAAAAAAUGAACGGUUAAAACAGAACAAAGGUUCUGGGAGUAUGCUUCCUGGUCCAAGUGGUGCGAGGACAUUGUCCGCAGUUUCUGCUGGCAAGGCGCCCAAGGACCGCGAUAACGCUUCAGUUCAAGCAGGAGAGAGGCAAGGAAGACCGGUCCUGCGACACACUCAGUCAGAUCUGAAUGAAGGUUCGUCUUUUAUUUCUAGCAGACCAAGGAUGCAAUCCCCUGGAAGGCCGUUGUCCAGUAAGGUCACGUCAGUUCAUGGUACAAUGCCAAGGUCUAUCUUGAAGAAAGAUCCUGCAGAAGAUCGGUUUCCACCCCCUCCUGCAGAGCUGUUGAUGAGCGGCAAUUCGGUUCACAACCCAAUGGCAUUCAAGCGUGACAACAGGCCACAGUCUCCCCCUCCACAACAGGGUGUGCGCAGGCGCACAUCCCACUCGCCUGGCCGCUUGGACGCCAGAGCGAAGAGUCCUAUAAGGGUUGACUACCCGAGGUCGGCGAAUCCAAGUUCUUCACCCAGAGGCUCAGGGUCUAGCAUGAACAGCCUUGCAGACUCGGGGUACUCCACGGCCUCCAGUAAUGACCCCCGAGGUAGACCAGGUGGUAAAGAGUUCCAUGGCAAACUACCGGAUCCCGAUUAUGACGCUGAUCCCGUUGUAGCAAAUGGAAGAGGAGGGGAUUUCGUUGACCAUCCUUCUAUGCAAUCAAGCCCCCUACCUCCAGCACCACCUCCUUUAGGAACUAUACCUUCGAAGCAGAACAUCCCAAAUGGAGUACCCGCAGCGCCCCCUCCACCUCCUGCAACUGCGGUACCCGGUGCACCUCCGCCACCUCCCAUUGGAUUUACUUCACCACCACAACCACCAAAAUAUGGCGAGGUGGCUAAGAUCAAGGCCAGCCAAUCCCCUUCACAAAGUCCAAGAAGUAAACCUCAGAUGAAUACAGGGAACUCCAGAGAUGAUAUGCUACAAGAGCUUAAAAUGAAAGCUGAGAGGCGUGCAUCCAGGCUCGAGGGACUCGUGCCUUCCAAUAAGCCGCCAAGCUUCGGAAACAAGUCUUCCCCAAGAGGCAGCAUUUCAUCACCAAGGUUGAUAAACAACAACAAUGAACCAAGCAAUGAACUGCAAGCUCGUCUCGCCAAACGUUUUUCACAGGCUGAAGGUUCCGGCUUGGAGCAGAAUAGCUUUACUAAGACGCCACCAACGCCAGCUGCCAAACCAACUUCCAGACUAACGAACUCGAAAACCCCUCCCGUUACUUCAAAGUUUGGAGCAGCCCGAAACUCCCCAAAGACCGAUAGUGUCACGUUUGACUCAUUAGCUGGAGUCCCCAAGGACUUGAGUUCUCUCUCGGUGUCACAAGUCUGUCAGUGUCUAAAGCUGAUGAACCUUGAAAAAUACAGUGCGGCUUUCAAGAGUAAUUCUGUUGAUGGGCAAUUGAUGUUACAGCUCAACCAAGAAGCGUUAGUAGACAGUUUCAAACUCAAUAACUGGGACGCAAAACGAGUCGAUUCGUUUAUUAAGGGAUGGAGGCCCAAGUAUUGAAAAAUAUGCGCUUCUUAUGCAAAGCAAGAAGGGACUCAACUCAAUACCUGCCAUGGGCCAGUUCUCCCUUCGUGGUGAUAGUAUGCAAUUGUCAUCGAUUGUGACAAACAAUGUUGACUAUAAUUAUGAUCUGACUGUUUGAUCGUGUGAACAAAAUACUGAAUUGUAUGAUACGUGCGCUAUCAUAUCUGAUUUUUUUGGCACUCUCUUCAAAUAAGCUGAUGAUCAAACGGAUAAACGUCUCUGCUUGCUUGUUUGCUUGCUUUGCAUGCACGGCUGCUUUAUUGUUGAUGUCUGCAUUAUACAUCAGCACUUACGAACUUGAGACUUCCAUUACGCCAUACUGCAUAUUUUGUUUUUAAUUGCAUGAACUCUAUUCUUCCAACUCGUGUUACACAUGUUUAUUAACCUUGCCUAUUCAUGAAAAGGGUUUGAGAUUUGAUCAGUAAACACUUCUGGCCCGCGAAGCAUUUCAAUGACUGUGUAAUAUUGAUUUAUGUUACCAUUUAAUGCACUGAUUAGUUUGCUUUCUUUAAGUUUGUUUGAUAAUAGGCAGUGUUUUCACAGCCUUUUCCCCCUCGAACAUUUGAAAUUCGAAAUCAGUUGUACGCAGUCACAAUCGACAUGUACAGGAAUUUCUCUCUGUAAUGUCUAAAAGAGAAAUGUAGCUCUCAUUGCACACCAUUUUGAUUGUAGAAUUGUCAUCGAGAAUUCGAAUAUCAUGGAGCUGAGGUAUGCCCUAUUAAAGAAUGAAUCUAUAUUUUGUUCCUUUUUCAUAAAGUAUACACUAAACUCUCAGUUGCAUUUCAGAUGAGAGGGUUGUCUCCCCCGCCCUCUUCAGCGAUCAAUGAAUAUUUAAAAAAAAAUUGCCGCACCAAUUUCCAAGUCAUACUAACCUUUCUCAAAUUUGACGAAUUUUAUCAUACAUUAUUUAUUUUGGCAUUUGUUAAUGAAUAUAGAAGAGGUAAAACAAAUGAGAUCCAUUAAAAUCCACUCUCCAAUUUAUAAACGUCGUAGAUUGAAAGUAAAAUCCGAAGGAGUGUUCUUUGGUACAUAUCCAAGUGUCAGAUUUUAGUAUAUUCUAUGUAUAUGUCAAAUCGAACCCAUCUUGAAUCGUACGUAAUAAGAAUAUUUUUUUAGAUUUUAAAAGAAUAUCUAUGUCAUUUAAAAAUUAUCAAUUUGAAUCUUCUUUUCGAAGGUAAAACCUUCACUCCAACCCUACCUCCCCAAAUCUUUUGAUUGAUCUACAUGUAGUUAGUAUUCAAGAAUAUCGUAAGAUGUGUUUUUAUUUCAUCGAAAUAAAUUAAGUGGAGGUUGUCAGGCAUGGACUGUCUUCACGAUUCUCACUUCGAAACAACCAUUUUAUGAAUAAUUGUUAUUGAAUAAUGAUUAUGUUAAGCUUCAUCUAUGGUUUAAUAGUUACGUCCCUUAAUAUUGUUAAAUUAAGAACCUAUGAUAUUUAAAAAUAUAUAUUAUAUUUUGAUGAUACAUGCACCAUAUGUUAUAAUUUCAUAGAAUUCUAUUUCGUACUAAGGGAAUUAAUAUAUUUUUGAUAAAUAUAUCCGACUUUAUGCUUGCAAGAAAUGUAGUUUGUUAAUUCGUUCAUUUUCAGAUAUUUUUUGUUUUGUUUUUGCUAUACUGUAAAGAAAUUAAUGUUAAUAUUCAAAGCAACCAGAUGGAUAGUGUAAUACGCAGUACUAUAUUACCUGUCUUUAUUAGUUAAAUAUAUCUUAAUCACAAACAA